UCCUCUAAAUGCAGCCGCUGAAAGGAAGCAAAAUGUCUUCCUGUAAAAAUCGGCUAAAGCACCCGGUGGAUAUAUUGUUUUACAGCAGAACCGAGAGCGAGGGUGAAACUGUAAACACGCGUUGAGUCUGACGUCUACUUUGGACACGAAUGCAAGCAGGAAGACAGGUGGUGUUUUCCCAGCUUCCCGCCCACUCUGCGAAGGAGUUAGGAGGUGGGUUUUUGAGCAGGCAGCCGGACUUUGGAGUAUAUAACUUUUUAAAAAGAACCGUGAGUGGUGGUAGCCAGACUUGCACAGAUCCUUGCAGAGAUUUAAGAUAUUUGCGGUGUGUGAAGGUGAGUCUACAUUUUGGCCUACUGCUAAUGGUACUAAUGCGUUUCUUCUUGUUGUUUUGCAGUCUUUCUUCUUCCUCCAACUUGUUAAUGGUAUAAUCCGCCUCUACAAUUUUACCGCUUGUAGUUUAAAGUAAAACAUUUAACGAACACUUAAUAGCAACCUGGUUUCAGAAAGUCCCAGAUUCGUAUUUGUUUUUCUGUUUAGCUUUCGGUUGUGCUGUUGUUCAGAUAAGGGAAGUUAAAUAUCUCCAUACGGGUUAUAUGGAGCUACCUACUAUUAUUUAUUCCAAUUUAACAACAGACUAAAAAAAAUAUUUGCCAUCUUAGUUGAAAUUAAUGAUUAUUGUGCCGACUACUUUCUUGCUACAUUUAUUAAUUUGAAGGUCUAAAAUUGUUACAAAUGUUUACAUUUUUCUCAGUUUUGUUCAGUUUUGUUUUGUUUGUUACAAUUGAGAAGAUGAUACCAUCCAUUGUCAGGUCAUUUGGAUUGAAAUCGUAUCCUUCAAAAGUGUUAAGGAUGUGUUGUAUAUGUGGUGUUGUGUUUCACCUUUCAGAGUCCAACAUGGAAACAGAGAAAGAAAAACAAAGGCCUCCACACAGCCAGUUGAUUUCCGUGCCUCCCAAGGAUACAGUCCGUCUCCUGGAGGUAUACGUAAAACGUAGCCUCAGCCUAAAUGAUGGCACUCAUGGGCUUAAAGUGGCUGGGAGGAAAGAAAAAUGGGUGACAGUGCCAAAAAGACAAAGACAUCAUUCCAGCGACCCUUCCCUUCACUUGGCCCCUUCACUUGAGAAUGUGGAUGGCAAAGAAAUUGAUAUGUUCUCUCCGGUCGAACAUGUAGCAAACCAAACCGAGAAAUGUCCCGAAGAACCAGAGAAACCGACAAAAAAAUCAAAGAAGAUCAAGAAAACCUCAUUUUGGAAAAAUAUAAUUGGCUUUUUCACCCGGAAGGACAAUGAGGAUAAAGACGAUGAGCAGGACAGUCCACCAGACAAGUCCAAGUCCUCUGAGACAGUAACUAACUGCUUGCCCAUUACACCAGUCACUUUACCAAAGAAGUCAACAAGAAAAAAGUCCCUAAGAAGAAGAUUCUCAAAAAGGCAGCCAUCUCUGACAAAACCAAACAAACCUGCUGACAUCACUGGAGUUGAAGCUGUUGUCAGUGUAACACCAACAUACUCUUAUUAUGAGAAGGUGUCAGAGGAACUGGAAAAAAUUGUCCAUGAGGUCAAAGAAAAAGAAGAGGUUGCACCACUUUCAGAUGAGGAAGUAAUUAACAGGAUCAUUGCUCUGAUGAAGGAACAGGGUGAUGCCAUAGAUGUCAAGAUGAAAGAUAACCCCACCCUGAGCUCCUUCUUUCAGCAGAUGACAUACUCUUCCUUCCAAAAGCUUGCUGAUGCAUAUGUUGAGAAAGAAGGUUCAUCGACCCAAAAACCUCCAACUGUCUUACCAACAGCACCUGAGCUGGUCAAACUGGCUUUCACACUCGACUUCACGGCCAGGAUAGCCGGACUCUCCAAACAGAAUGUAGGCCACAUUACUGGUCUGGGAAACCGUUAUCUACAGGACCGAUUUGAAUACAGACAGGCAUGCACAGAUCAUCCAUGGUCUGACAGUGAUGACUGAGAAGCAGCCAAGCAGAAACAUAGCUGCACAUUAAAUUUUGACAACCCCUCUUAGCACUGUAGAUGUGGUUAAGGAUGCAUUGCACACCUGAGUUCCUUUUUACAAAGGGGCUAGCUAAGAAAUGCUGUAAGCCUGCAAAGAGACACAUGCUGUAAUCUAUGUUAUGUUUUCUUAAUAUUGUUUUUGAGUGCAUGUUAAACUAUAAAAUCGCAACAGAACGACUGCUGAGAAAACUGUUUGGAUGUUGUUUGAGUGCAUGAGUGUUGUCUUUCACAUUAAGGUUCAACUGAGAUAUA